AAGAACACUGUUGCCGCCGCCCAACAUCCAGAGGAGGGGCCACUAAAGCCGCGGACAGCAGAGUUAGCGUUGCACAGACUACUGGCCUUCUUGGGGGAAACUAUUCACGGUCACUGACCUUUCACCUUUGUUUUGUCACGACAGGUUGUUGCCUCAUCCCACCUACCAGCGGUUGGAUCUCAACUUCCAGAUUUCGUCCAUAAAAGAUGUCCGGAUCCUUUGGAAAGACCGAUUCUGAGCGCCUCGCCGCAAGGCAAGAGCUUGAGCGUCUCAAGGAGGAGUAUAACCUCCUUGAGCCAGACCGCGGGGACCUGGACGACCCAAACAUCAGGUGGAGAUCCGAGAAGCCCGACUACACCUGGGCGAACCUCGAGUACAUGAAGGGGAAGACUAAGAAUCACCCCGCAGGGUCGCUGGAGCUUGUGGUGGAGAAUCUGGUGAAACGGUGGGAGAUGGAAGCCUCGCACUUCAAAGAUCUGGACCAGUGGACAACCAUCAACAAGGAGAGGUACCGUGUGCAGGCUAACGGUGGGAAGGUGUUUUCCGCUGAAAAGGCUUUGGAGGUUGGCAACUACAACUGGCUGAUGGCGGGGUGUAAGAAGGAGUUGUACGACGCUGAAAAGGAGGAUUUCGAGUCGUCCCACCGUCACUUUCGCGGGGCCUUCACCGAUGGCUUCCCCUGGGAGGUCCUGGCGGUGUUCUCGGGACCCCCGACGGUAGCCUUUAGCUGGCGUCACUGGGCCCACUUCACGGGGCAGUACAUGGGGAGUCAGGGGUCGGGCCAACUCCUCGAGAUGUACGGGUUCGGCGUGGUGGAGCUGGACGACAACAACAAGAUCGUCGCCAUCAACAUCUACUACAAGCCGGACGAGUUCAUGGAGGCUCUGAAGGGGGAUAUACCUCCCCAUCAGCUGUCGAAAGGGAAGUCACUGGUGGGUUCUGGAUGCCCCUAUAUCCACCCCAACUCUCUCAAAAACGGUGAAGUGUAGAACAAAACCAACGCAUGUAAGAAUAUGGAGCUUGCCCAUGAGUUAGUUUUGACAAAGAGGUGUCGAUAGCAUCAAAAGUGCAUAUGACAUUUGAAUGUCCGAAAAUAUACAUCACACUGUCAAUAAAACUGCAUUGUCGAUGCACACAGUCUCCU